AUGACAUCUAUAUGUGAUUGUACAAGUUUACAUUUUACUCAAAAUGAUAAAACAUAUUCAUUCAAUUUAAUCACUGGUUGGGAAGGGUCGGCUAUUUUGAAACAUGGCUCAAUUAUACAAUUUGGUUGUUAUAAAUUCAUUUUUAGUUUAGUCAAUCAUUCUUUACCUUCCUAUCCAUCAUCAUCAUCAUCAUCAUCAUCAUCAUCAUCAUCAUCAUCAUCAUCAUCAUCAUCAUCAUCAUCAUCAUCAUCAUCAUCAUCAUCAUCAUCAUCAUCAUCAUCAUCAUCAUCAUCAUCAUCAUCAUCAUCAUCAUCAUCAUCAUCAUCAUCAUCAUCAUCAUCAUCAUCAUCAUCAUCAUCAUCAUCAUCAUCAUCAUCAUCAUCAUCAUCAUCAUCAUCAUCAUCAUCAUCAUCAUCAUCAUCAUCAUCAUCAUCAUCAUCAUCAUCAUCAUCAUCAUCAUCAUCAUCAUCAUCAUCAUCAUCAUCAUCAUCAUCAUCAUCAUCAUCAUCAUCAUCAUCAUCAUCAUCAUCAUCAUCAUCAUCAUCAUCAUCAUCAUCAUCAUCAUCAUCAUCAUCAUCAUCAUCAUCAUCAUCAUCAUCAUCAUCAUCAUCAUCAUCAUCAUCAUCAUCAUCAUCAUCAUCAUCAUCAUCAUCAUCAUCAUCAUCAUCAUCAUCAUCAUCAUCAUCAUCAUCAUCAUCAUCAUCAUCAUCAUCAUCAUCAUCAACUUCAACAUGGAUGACAAUGAAUAAUAGUUCAACACAAUCUCAUCAUGAAUCACCAGUAUUACUUACAGAUUCUUUAUCAGUAGUAACAAAAUAUUUUUUAAAAUUACCUAAAAAUAACAACUCACUUGUUCAUUAA